AUGGGUGAAUCAACGAUAAGCCAUGGAGUAGGCUACAUAGCACAACCUGAAGGUGAUCGACGAAUGUGUGCCUUGUGUAACACCUCUUUAGGUGAGGAGGCUGUGAUCGCAAUGAACCGUCUUUGGCAUCCCGAUCACUUUCGCUGUCAAGCCUGCAAUUCGCCCAUUAAACAAACUUAUCAGGCUGCAGAUGAUAAGCCAUACUGCGUGCAAUGCUUUGCCAAAAAAUACAAUCCGAAAUGUCAUGUUAAAUGCAAAAAAUGCCUAGGAUGUGGGGAACUACUCAUCGAUUCAUGUUUGGUUGCGCUGGAUAAACAUUGGCAUCCAAGAUGUUUCACCUGUGCGGCAUGUAAGCAACCACUACCAAACGGUGAGCAUUACAUUAUCGACGACUUACCAUACGAUCGUGACUGUCACUGGGAGAAGCGUCUUGAGAAACGUAUUCGUAUUUCUCAACAAGCACUUCAUUAG